AUGAAUUUGUGCUUAUUCAAAGUAGCUAGCUCAAAUACAGAUGGUUCAAUAAAAAUUUUAGCAAAUCUUGAAGCAAAAUUUAGAUUCACUGAAGAUUACAUGCUAGCUUUAGAUCAAGACCCAAGUUUAGUGUUUUCAGACAGUGAUAAUGCAACAACCUUAGCUUUUCGUCCAAUUGAUACGGCUUUGACAGGUUGGACUUUAUACGAGGGAGAACGUUUCGUUUUUAAUAAAGAUUUAUUCAUUUGUGGUGACGGACCUGAUUACUAUUUUUCUUCAAAUCAAGAUAGCGGCUGCCUCUUCUUUACAGAACUAUUUACACGAGUUGAUUUACAAACCAUUGAUCAAGAACCAAUUGCAUCAAUUACCACAGAAGUUGAAUCAAUUACUACAGAAGUUGAAGCAAUUACGACAGAAGUUGAAUCAAUAGAACCAAGCAUUACCGUUUACACUACAAGUUGGUAUACAACUGACGAUGAUUCAGGUCAGUGGAGAACUCAUUCUGGUCUCGUAUCACAAAUUGGUGAUUCACUAACUACAUUUUCUACAUUCCCACCAGUUGAACCAAUUACGACAGAAGUUGAAUCAAUUGAACCAAGCAUUACCAAUUACACUACAAGUUGGCUCACAACUGAUAUUCCGGGUAAUCGGAUAACUCAAUCUGGUCUUGUAUCACAAAUUGGUGAUCAAUUAAUUACAUUUCAUACAUUUCCACCAAUUGAACCAAUUACAACAGAAUCAAAAGACCCAAUUACAACAGAAGUUGAAUCGAUAGAACCAGUUACAACAGAAGUUGAAUCAAUAGAACCAGUUACUACAGAAGUUGAACCAAUAGCACCUACAGAACUUCCAGGUUUACCAAUCAACCCAUUAAAACCAUUUAAUAUUUUUGCUUAUUUCAAUGAAGAAUUUCAUUUAUUACAAUCUAAUAGUACCCAUAUCACAGCUGCAAAUUUUCUUAAUGGAAUUGAAGGAUCAUUUUUAAUCAUAGAUGGUUAUUUAAUCGUAAAUGGUCAAUAUGUUUUUGUUGAUGAAAAUGGACUUUUACUAGUUGUGGAAGAAAUUACUGAAGCUACUUUUGGAUGGAGUAUGGUAUAUGGUGUUAUAUAUUUUCAAGAAGUUCAAAAUUCAAUAAAACGUUCAGAAUUAGUCAAACGUGCUGAGCCAGUUGAAUUUGGACUUUGUGAAGCACAAUAUGGUUUUGUUGUCUAUUUAAAUGGAGGUUGCUUUCCAGUUGAUCUCAUACUUCGUCAAUUAGAGGAUCAACCGGUUGAAACUGCUGCUGCUACUGAACAACCUGUUGAAACCGUUAGCACUGAAACUCCGAUUGAAACUGAAGAACCAACGCAAACUGAGAUACCAGUAGAAACUGAAGAACCAUCACAAACUGAAGAACCAUCACAAACUGAAGAACCAUCACAAACUGAAAAUCCGAUUGAAACUAACGAAUCAACACAAACUGAGGAACCAGUUGAAACAGAAGAACCUCAACAAUCUGAAGAUACAACCCAAACCCAAGAAUCAAUACAAACAAAAGAGCCAGUUCAAACAGAGAAGCCAAUUGAAACAGAAGAACCAAUUGAAACAGAAGAACCAAUUGAAACAAAAGAACCCAUUGAAACAAAAGAAUCUACAACAUUUAUUGAAACUUCAGCAUCAGAAUUUUUUACUUCAACAACUAGUAAAAAUGAUUUGACUACAAUUUCAAAAGAAACAACAAUUACUGUAACAAUUUGUGAUGAAAGUAAAGUGUGUACAGAAUCAAUUAAAAUUCAAAAAACUAUCAUUUCAACUUAUUGUCCAACCUCGUUAAUAAAUGAAAAUACAAGUGCCCCGAAUACAAUCAAUGUUACCCAUACAGUUAAAGAAUGUAGUAUUGGAAAUGAUUGUGACAAACAUAGUACAGAAAUUGAAAGUACCACUUAUACAACUACAACAAUUACAAGCUACUCAUUUAUUACUAAACAAGAUUUAACUACAGAAACUCAACCAACAAUAAAUUCACAAGAACCAUCCAAAGAAACUGACCCAUUACCAAAUAUUGGAGCAAAAUUGAAUAAUAAUAUUAUAAUUACAAUCAUUGCAAUACUAUUUCCAUUCUUUUUGUAA